GCAUUAGCUGUUGCUCCGUCGGUAUGGAGCGGUUCAUGGGAUAAAAAUCCUGAGCAUUCCGUAGCCAUUAUCGGAGGAGGAAUUGCCGGACUUACCGCUGCCUACGAAUUACAAAAAAAGAAUAUUCCUUGCGUAAUUUAUGAGGCGGAUAAACGUACCGGAGGACGAAUUAAAACAAAAACCGAUUUUGUAGCAGGGCUCACUACCGACUUCGGAGCAGAGUUUGUAGAUUCUACUCAUACCGAUUUAUUGGAGUAUUUAGAAGAAUUCAAAAUAGAAACUUACGACAUUCGUACCGAUACCUUAGAAAAAGAUACGUUUUUUUAUCAAGGAAAAUUUUACAGUCCGAAAGAAGUGGUAAAAGCCUACAAAAAAAUUCUACCCAAAAUUAUUGACGACCAAACCAAAACCGAAGAAGAUGAUGCCUAUUUUGAGAAAAUUGACUAUACUCCCUUAGAUACAUAUUUUGAAUCUUUAAAUGGCGAUACUUGGUUUAUAAAAAUUAUAGAAAAAUCCUAUGAAUCCGAAUACGGAAGUAAUAUCAGUGAGCAAUCUGCCAUCAAUUUUUUGAGUAUGAUGCUUCCCCAAGUAGGAAAAACCUUUGAAGUAUUCGGGCAAAGUGAUGAAGCCUUAAAAAUAAAAGGAGGAAGCACCCAAUUAGUAGAGGCAUUAACGGAAAAAGUAAAAGAUAAAAUCAAACUUAACUACAAAUUAACCGCCAUCAAACAAAAACACGAUAAAUAUCAUCUCUUUUUUGAAAAUGGAGAAGAAAUAAAAGCACACUAUGUAUUGAUGACUUUGCCUUUUACCUUACUUAGAAGCAUUCCCUUGGAAAUCAACGAAAUGACAGAAAACAAAAAGAAGUGCAUCCAAGAUUUAGGUUAUGGAACCAACGUAAAAUUAAUUCAAAAGUUUGAUAAAAAAACAUGGCGAGAGCAGCACUGUCAAGUUUUAAACCCGGACAAUGGACCUUAUACGGAGAAGAAGUACGUCUUCCCGUUGGAAAUCUUUAUUUUGCCGGCGAACAAUGCUCCGAUGAAAAUCAAGGGUUUA